UGAUGAUGCUGGAUAUUUGUUUAGAUGGAGAUGCUCUAUUGUCGUCAAGCCUCAUUCGCGUAGAUGAUGAUGCUGGAUAUUUGAAAGUAUCCCUCUACGACAAUGGAACAUGUCCAUCUAAACAUAUAUCAAUUCUAUCUUCAAAAGAUAAGGGUUCAAUGUUUGCAAGUUACAUUGGUUUCCUUGUUCGACAACAUAUUCCGAUUACAUGUGAUAAUUGGAGAAGUCCGGACUUGAAGGUUGGCAAAGAAAAAAUAUGGUCGGAGAUACAGGCUUGUGUCUCAAUAGAGGAUGGGUAUCUACCUAAAGUUACUUUUGUAGUGGUCCAAAAGAGACAUCACACCCGUCUCUUUCCUGUCAACCCCAAAGAGACCGAUAGAAGUGGAAAUAUUAUGCCAGGUUUUUUCAAUAUAUUUCUCAACGCAGCUGGUAUAUAUUAUCAUUUGAAUUUAUCACGUUUUGCUGAUUUUGUUGUUCUAAAUUGUCAAAGGAACCGUGGUAGACACCAGCGUUUGUCACCCUAGGGAAUUUGAUUUUUACCUUAACAGCCAUGCAGGAAUUCAGGGGACUACUUAUGCUGCCAUUUGUUGUUUUGGUUGAGCCUUAUUUUGUAUGGAUGUGCGAUAGAACUACUAGACAGCUUUUGGAUAUACAGAACAUGUUUGCCACCAUGGGUGGAUGGGCGUUUUUGUUUAGUAUUGGUUAGAACUACUAGACAGCUUUUGGAUACAGUGGU